AAAAAUGGGAGAGAGCCAACGCCAACACCAACAGCAACCAGCAAGAUCGUCAAGAUUGGGGACAAGAAACACAGUAGGCGAGAUAGUGGAGGUUCAAGGAGGCCACAUUGUCCGCUCAACCGGAAGAAAAGAUCGUCACAGCAAAGUCUGCACAGCAAAAGGACCCAGAGACCGGCGUGUACGGCUCUCAGCCCACACUGCAAUCCAGUUCUAUGAUGUUCAAGAUCGCCUUGGUUAUGACCGUCCCAGCAAAGCUGUAGACUGGCUAAUCAAGAAAGCCAAGGCUGCCAUAGAUGAGCUCGAGGAGCUUCCCGCCUGGAAUCCAACUACUGCUGUCGCUAAAGACAGCACUCAGAUAGGUGACGAGAGAGACUAUCAACUUCCCGUGGAAAAUAAUCUUGACGCUAUUGGCGGUAAUACAAAAACACCUGCAGCAACUGCAACAACGACGACAACAGCAGCAGAUGUUCAAGGAAUAGAGCAGCAGCAACAUUUAGCAGAAAAUCCGAACAACAGUUCGAGUUUUUUGCCGCCAUCAUUGGACUCAGAUGCGAUUGCAGAUACAAUAAAGUCAUUUUUCCCAAUGGGUGCAACAGCAGAGACAACACAGUUUCAGAGCUACCCGCCGGAUUUGCUAUCGAGAACAAGUAGCCAAAACCAAGAUCUGCGCUUGUCACUGCACUCAUUUCAAGAACCAAUUCUUUUACAGCAACAGCAUCAUCAUCAUGGCCAUGCUCAAAACGAACAGCAAGUCUUGUUAUCAUCUGGAACUGCCGCCCAUCAUUUCGGAUUCGAUGGGUCGUCUGCUGGGUGGUCUGAGCACCACCAGAACCACUCAGCAGAUAUCGCCAGAUUCCAGAGAAUGAUUGCCUGGAAUGCUGCUGCUGCUGCUGUUGAUGCAACUGAUACUGGGAGUGGUGGAACAAGUGGCAGUCGAGGUGGAGGAUUUAUCUUCAACCCGAUACUGCCGCAAACGGUGUCGCCAACACCACUUUUGCAGCCGUUAUUCGGCCAAAGCAACCAGUUUCUUUCUCAGAGGGGACCCCUUCAGUCCAGUAACAUGCCUUCUAUUCGUGCUUGGAUAGAUCCAGGAGCCGAUCAUCAUCAUCAUCAUCACACCCAAAUCUCACAACUUCAUCAUCAUCACCAACAAUCAUUCGGUGGAAUCUCUGGAUUUCGUGUUCCAGCACGUAUUCAAGGCGAAGAAGAGGAGCAUGAUGGCAUUCACAACAAGCCGUCCUCUGUUUCCUCUGAUUCUCGCCAUUGAUUGAUCAAUAGGACCCAACACUCUCACCUCUAGUUAUAGGGAGGGCUUAUUUACUCACUGUCUUCUGCUAGGAGACCAACAUAUGGAUUCAAGAAGAGUUUGGAGGAGAGAUUUUGUCCAAUUAUAAGAUGAUUCAAUGGUAAAAAGUUAUCACUGGAAGAGAAAGAUCUGAGUAUGGAUAAUUCAGGUUUUUCGAUUCCGGGUUUGUUCAGUUUAAGCUUUACUUUCAUUUGCUAUUAGACGUUCCAAGUUCUUGUUUCAUUUCCAUGUUUGAGUAAGCUUUCAAAGCUAGACUUUCUUUGAUAUGUGUUUGAAUUGACUAUUAUUAUUAUGUUUGCUAAUACUCUUUUGUGUGGUUA